AUGUUUUUGUGUAUUUCAGCUGCUGCAACCAACGAAAACCUUACUGCGGAGAAUUGGGAACUUAUACUCGCAGUGACAGAUAAACUAACUCGCGCUACGCCCGAAAAUGCUCGAGACUGCAUUGCUGCGAUCGAAAAGCGUUUAAGCAACAAGAAUCCUAAUGUUCAGCUCUAUGCUGUAGCUUUAGCAGAAGCGUUGGUUAAGAACUGUAGUCUUCCUGUGCAUCGUGAAAUAUCAUCACGGUCAUUUACAAAUACUUUAACAAAGCUUGUCCAUGAUAGAACGGUCCAUCAGAAAGUGCGAACAAAAGUAUUGGAGUUCAUCCAAAUGUGCUCUUUUGAAUUCAGAGCAGAUACCAGUUUGGGGUUGAUGAAUGAAAUCUAUCAUUCUUUGCGUGCUGAAGGAAUACAAUUCCCGUCUCCUCAAAAACCUAAGAAGGAAUUCACACAGUCCGAACUUGAUAAACAGAAAGAAGAAGAGGAGCUGCAGCUUGCUCUAGCUCUGUCACUGUCAGAGUCCGAAAAUCAAAGGUUGAAUAGAUCUGAAACUUCCGUUUCGACGAACCAGAACAGUAUUUCGGCGACAAAGGUAAAGCACUUUAAACAACUAGCAAAAUCUAAAGCUGACAACGAAGAUGCUCCACCAAAGAUCUCACGUGUAAGAGCUUUGUAUGAUUUUCAACCUACCGAACAAGGCGAACUCGGUUUUCAAAAAGGUGACAUUAUACGAGUGCUUGAAAGUGUUUACCGUGAUUGGUGGAAGGGCGAACUACGAGGCAAGACAGGUAUUUUCCCUGUCAACUAUGUCGAGAAAAUAGUCGACCCUUCUCCUGCUGACUUAUUGAAAGACGCAUCAAUUGAAAAUGAAGUUAUGAGCGAGUCAAAAAAUAUUGACCGUCUGCUGGAAAUGCUUUCUAGCAGUGAUCCACAUAUGAGAAGCUCCUUAGCAGAUAACGAUGAAUUGCAAUCUAUGUAUCAUAACGCAUUGGCUAUUAGGCCUAAGCUAAUAAAACUGAUUGAGAAGUAUAGUUUGAAGAAAGACGAACUUGUUGCUCUAAAUGAGAAAUUCAUGCAGGCUAGAACCAUAUAUGAUGGAAUGCUUUCCAGUUCAGUUGCAAAAUACUCAUCAGCAACUGCA